CAGCUCUAGACCGCACAAAGAGCAGGGAGCUACUCUUCUUCUCCCAAUGCAGCCAGAAUGUCACUUUUUGCAGCCCAAAUCUAUCCAGGGCAGGGUUUGGGUUUUCUAGUGCUGGGAGCUUCACUCCACGAUAUCCUCACACGACUGAAAGCCGAACCGCAACGAUUUCCAAAGUUAGAUCUGGUCUACGAGUAUACAUCGCCCGUCAAGGAGCCAGUGGUGCUCAACCUUCCCACCAACGGCCUCCGUUUGCGAUUCGAUGGGCCACAGCAGCGGCUACGGUUGAUUGAGGUCCUGGACUUCACGAAGAGCCAGCUCACCUACAAGGACAAAGAUGUCUUGCGACCACCAACCGCGGCACAGACGGCUUCUGUGCAACCAGAAAUCUUGUCGGGGCCGACGUUUCGACAUAUAUACAACCGUUUGCUUGGCCCUACAUUUCCUGGGGAGUACAUCCAGCCCGAGACAGGCGAUGAAACUGGAAUGGGAGUCUACGUGCUAUCAUACCCAGGGAUUGCUUUCACGUUCCCUCUGUCCGGCUCCUCGUGGUCUCCAAAGAAAGAUGUCGUAUCAUUGCUGUCCUCUUCUACAAGCCAUCCUGCUUCCUCGAUGGCCAUUUUCAAGGGAGAUUCCUGGCCAGAUGCACGGGAACGAUUGUAUGUGCAGACAAUAGACCCCCGAGACACCUUUGCUGCUAUAUUCAAGGGUAAGGAGCCUGUUGCAGAUGAAGUGCGACUUGUACGAAUACAUGGAGAAGGACAUCUAGAGGUUGUGAGACCGGACGCGGUUCCUCCAUUCUGGAUCAAGCUGGGCUUGACAUCCCCCCAAGAACUUGUUGCAGUUCUUGGGCCUCCAGAUGCGAUAUAUCGAAAGAAUGACCAACGAAUGUCUAUUCAUAAAGCUCGGCCAGCCUCCCGGACAUAUAGUCGAACAGAUGAGAGGUUGCAAGAUGAUUCGACGGACACGGAUCAGUCCUCGGCUCACACUGCAACCGAUGACUCGGAUGAAGAAAAUGAGGAUGGAGAGGUAGCAGGAAAUGUGUCUGGAGAGUGUUUCUAUAACUAUUUCUAUCACGGCUUCGACAUAUUGAUUUCCACUCCCGCAACUCCAUCACAAUGUCCGCCAUCCAAAAAGCCAGCAAAUCCAGAGGGUAUUGUUCCUACCAAUGCACCAAGUCGUCUGGUUGCUUCCAAGGUAAUACUACACGGAAACGUACCUGGAUCAUAUCCCUUCAAUCGGCAUCGACGGUGCCGAUGGGAGAUCGUAUAUUUGAAGCCUGAGAAGGGCCAAGAUGUUGUCAAUUCAGAGAGCCCUUUUGAGGAGGUCGAAGAACGAUUGCACCAGGAGUGGAAGAGUAUCUACAAGAACACCGAAGAAGCCAAAGUUCGUCAGCGCGGGAUGGUGUUGAACCGUGACUGGGGUGAUAGCCCGGGUAGUAGCUGCGAAUUGCUGGGUGGAUGGGAAGAAAGUGUUGGAGGAAAGAGGACAAAUCCUUCUGGAACGGAGGAUGUCAGGGGAUUGGGCAACACAACCCUCUUUGGAUUUCCCGGGCUGGUAUUUGAGGUGUUGAAGAACGGUACAGUGAGCGGACUUACGGUCUUUUGAUACUGCAUUGGAAUUUUGUCUGGAUCUUGCAUGGAUUAAGGCGUUUCUUGACUGGGAUUAUCGAGUUUUGCAAGCAAAUCGGCGUCCCCGGGGAUCAUCAAGGCUUUAUCGCAUCUAUUAGAAAGAUACAAUGACUCAAUGAAGAGAGCGAAUGUUACAUUUCC